AUGCCACUAUUGUUUCUUGUAGGGCUGUCUAGUGGGAUUGCCUGGCGUUUCGCUCCAUGUGAGAUAGAAUACCUCAAUCCUAUUUGCCAACAGAUGGAUGCUAAGCUGAGGAAGUUAAAGACAACGGAAGAGAUACUAACGGCCAUUAUCACCCACAGAGGUGUCAUGUUUGUGCAGAAUCUCGUCACGGCAGUUGAGGUAUUGUUCCGGGUGCUUGUGAACGACCUUACGAAAGAUCCACGGUAUAAACUGCUGCUGCGGGAUAUUGGCGAAUAUGCUGAGAAUCUGGAUACGCGUGCGAUAGCCGACGUGCUCGGAUCACUGCAGUCCCUAGGGCAUCGACAGUUUGGUAGUAGCGCGGGAAGUUGA